CAUAUAAUUAGUACUCUCAUUUGCUUCGUCAUAGCUUUGUGACGGUUAGUGAUUUUGUAUAGUUACAUAAAUGUAUAUCUACUAACCAGAGAAAUGACACUGCGUAUUAUAAAAGUGUUGUACUUCACGGCAGCAAUAAAUGUCUACACUAGCGGUGUCUCCAGACAGCUAGGUAGAUUUAGUGUCGGUUCUUUAUUGGAUUCUCUGCCUGUUCUGCAGCCAAUCGUGCAAGCUGGAUCCAAUAGAUGUGAAGGUUUAAAAAGCUAUUUCGGAAUAACAUAUGAACAGUUAUUACAAAAGAAUACAACAAAAUUUGAUGAUAUAAGCUUAGAUCACAUAACCAGAAACGGUAAAGUAAAAUAUAAUCUUAAUAACACCAAUAACUUAAAGAAGAUAAUGAGAAAUACGAGGAAUGUCAUAAUUAUUAUUCAUGGAUAUAUGGAAAGUUCCGACGGUCUAAUGGUGAACCGUGUGGCUCCAGAAUUUUUAAAGAAAAAGUAUGUAGGCGUCUUCGCGAUGGAUGGUAGUAAUGUUUUUAGUUACGAGUAUUUUCGGACUUCUACCUAUGCACGCUUCUUGGGUGACAAACUUGGUGAUUUAUUAAGUGAAUUGAUUAGAAAAGGAGUUGAUCCAUCAAAAAUUACCCUUGUUGGACAUAGUCUGGGAGCCCAUAUAGCUGGUGUUGCGGGAAAUAAAGUCAAGCAAAAUACUAAUAAGCUUCUACGUCGAAUAACAGGUCUUGAUCCAGCGGGUCCUUGUUUUAGUAACGUGCAUUUAGAUGGUAGACUGGAUAAACAAGACGCUGAAUACGUUGACGUACUUCACACUAACGCUGGUUUAUUGGGGUUAAAUUUGCCUGUAGGACACAAGGAUUUUUAUCCGAAUAGUGGCAUGUACCAGCCCGGUUGUUUUUUGUCUACUUGUGAUCAUAGCCGAGCUUGGGAAUUGUAUGCCGAAUCAAUGAACAAUUCGGACAACUUCCCAGCACGCAAAUGCGAAAAUUGGACUGCAUUUAAAAAUGGUAUGUGCACGAAGAAUGAGAUAGCAUAUAUGGGGUUUAACUCUGAACCAGGCUCUCCAGGUUCGUAUUUUUUAUCAACUGCAUCCUCGUCUCCGUUUGGUUUGGGUGCAUCUGGAAGCGGGUGAUGAAAAAAUGUUAUAUAUAAGUUAUAUACGUGAUAAGUAUUGAGAUGUUUUUCAAUGUUUAUGUUAUUUUUAGUAAACGUUAUCGAAUUUAGAAGACUUUUCAUUAACUUAAUAAUGGUUUAUUAGACGUCGAUAUUUCGUGUUAAGUUAAGCAAAUAAGUUAAGUAGUAAACAUAUGAUUCUCUGAAGGCUUAACAUUUAAUGGCAGCAUUUUUAAUUACUUGUUAAAAUAUUCAAAGAGAGGUAUGGGCAAUAGGAAAUCUACACAAAUUAUCAUCAGACAAAUAAAAUAAUAUAUUUAUUUACUUAUAGAACUUUUAUACGAGUAAAUUGUAUAAACGUAAGUCUUCGAAAGCUCAAUGAUAGGAAAAUUAAACGUUUUAUUUCCAAGUAAUUAGCAUUUUUUAAUUUUUGAUUAAGAAUUCAAAGUAUUAAGAUUUCUUAGUAUUUCAGUAUUUCCUUACAAUAAGUAUCGUAAAAUGUUAUAUUCAAUAUAUUUGGAAUAAAAUUCAUAGAUAACCAGAAAUCACCAAGAUUGAACAAAAAGGAGAACAUUUUUACAGUAUACAUUGCUUUACCGAGGGAAUAUAAUGAAAUAAAUUCUGGGAAAAUCCAUUGAUAGUAAAAGAAAAUUUAAUUUCAUAACAAAACCGUAGCAAUGGUUUGAGUUUCUAUUUAAAAAGUUCAACAAAAGAGGUACAAAAUAUUGUCGGUGUUUCUUGGCCUAACGAAAUGGAAAAAGUUCAUAAGGAUAAAAAAGUGCGAGAAGACUCCCAAGAUUUGUUACUUUUGAAUACAAUACAAUAUUUAUCGUUUAUUUUUGUUU